AUGAGUUUCUUGGAAAGCUAUGACUUUCUACUUACCAUUCGGCAUUUGGAAUUGGGUCAAAUUGAUAUUUGGAAAUAGAAGGAGAAUGGAUAGUUGGCAUAUUGCAAAAUAUUGCAAUCAGAUAUUUCGAAACAGGAAUUGCAUGAAAGAUCAAAUUGGGAACACGAGAAUGUAAUCGAGCUACUAGCUGCGGAGUUACACAAGCAAAACGAUAAUAGCUACAUUUCAAUAUAUUAUGAGUUUUAUGACUCCACUCUACAAGAUUAUUUAAUCAAUCAGGAAUUACCCAUUGCGGAGACUGAAAUCUGGAAUCUAUUUUAUUAGAUCUUGCAAGGAGUAAUGUUCAUCAAAUCUAAAAAUUAAACCUCAAAUCUUAGCACCACCUGCAUUUUCUAUAAUAAUGGGUAGAUUAAAAUAAUGGAGGGAGAAUCUUACAACAUGCAAUAGCAAUUAGGGUUGGCGCUCUUUGAAUUAUGCACUAGGGAAUCCUAAUACUUGAUACUGGAAGAUAACAAAACAAUAAAUAUGAAUAAUUUGAAUUACAUGAUGAAUGAAUGUAGGUACAGUAAAUUAUUAAUACAAAAAAUAUUUGACCUUGUAAAUUCAAAAGAUACAGAUUAAAUUUAAAUAAUAUAUAAUUAAUUGUCACCAUUCAAAGAUAAUAUAUUAUAACUAAAACCAUUCAAUUUUUCGAUUACUACUAACACAUCGCUCACGGAUAGAGCAAACAAAGCAAUUAGAAAUUACAAAGAAGUAUUAAAAAGAGUCAAUUACAUGUAUCAAUUAGCAUUAUGA